AUGCCGAAAAGAUUCCGCGGAGGCGUUUGGGUAAAAAAAGGAGACUUUGUCUUAGUGGAACCCAUCGAAGAAGGCAAUAAGGUGAAAGCGGAAAUAGUGAAAAUUCUAAGCACCGAUCAAAUAAAGUACUAUAAAAUGAACAACGUUUGGCCGGGGGAGUUUUGUGUUGACACCGACGAUAAGAAAAAACAUGAAGGAGAUUCUGAUGAUGGUCUUUUCGUAAACCCAAAUAGGCCCACAUUUAGUGAUAGUGGAUCUAGUGACUCAGAUUCUAGUAUUGAUUCGGAGGGUGAGGACUGUGAUAAGCGUGUGGCUUCUAGAUGUAGUGACUCUGGUAGUGUGACAGAGGAAAAAAGAAAUAAAUAA